GAAGCGUAUAUGGCGCUCGUCGCGCUCGCAUUAAUUGUCCGCUGAUAUCUCGGCGUUUAUUACGUAAUUUCGAGUGUCCAGUCGCAAGGAACGCGUCGUCGGCGUCGUGGCCGACGCUCGGAGUGUGCGGAAAGUGCGGCGUUCACGAAGUGGCGGACGACCGGGGUGACCGCUCGACGACGGCCCCGCCGAAUUUGGCGAUUCGGUUCCCCCCGCGCGGUGACUCCCUAUUUUGGAGGUUGUUUUCCUCCCGCCCGUCGCUUGCACCUCCUCGCCCCUGGCGUAGCAAGGAAAAGUGUUCCCGGUAGCGCGAGGCGUGCCUUGACGCUCGAACUCGGCACCGGCUGUCGUGAGGCUCGCUUCAUGUGCCACCGACGGCGGCCGUGACCUUUUAACCUCAUUCUCGAGGAUGUUCACCAGCACCUGACCAGCGCGGUGUCGGCGGGACCUUUCGGAUGCCACCGAUUCGAGAAUGGAACACCCCUCGUGAAGCCAGUGCGAGUAAUGUGCCUUGAAGGCUAGAGCGUCUGCCAGGGUUUUCGUGUCAUCGCACCUUUAGGUGCAAGUGUCCACCAUGGCGGCGGCACCGAGGGACAUGGACAGCUUUAUGCCGCUUCUGUCGACAUCGGACAUCAAAAUGAAACUACAGGUCGGGGAGCAACUGUUGAAAUAUCUUGCCGAUCCUUCGGAGAGCAUCGAGUGCCAAAACAUCGGCCUCUUUGUCGACAAUAUCAUAUCCUGGCUCAGCAAUGGUAAUCCAAGGGUCGUCCAGAACGGCUUGGACAUCCUCACCCACCUCGCCGAUCGGAUGGGCCACGACUUCAAGCCCUACGUCUCCUCGGUCAUCCAACCCACGAUAGACAGGUUGGGUGACAGUAAAAAUGCGAUACGCGCCAAGGCGGCGGUGGUGCUGCUGAAGAUCAUGGAGAAAGGCGGCAUGUCGCCGCAGCAACUCCUCGACCGUCUCCACCCGGCUUUCGGCCACAAGAAUGCGAAGCUGCGAGAGGAGGCGCUCAUCCUCCUCACGACCACUCUUAACGAACACGGCGCGGACGAGAUGGCCCUCUCGGGGGUGACGCCGAGCAUCGUUAAGCUCCUCUCCGACCCCACCGUGACGGUCAGAGAGACGGCGCUCAACACCCUGGCGGACAUGUACCGACACGUCGGCGAGAGACUGAGGGUGGACCUCCAGAGGAAGCACAACGUCCCCCAGGCCAAGUGGCAGCUCCUCGUUGAGAAGUUCGACCAGCUGAGAGCUGCCGGAGACCUCCUGCCCCUCGCCAUGUCCUCGGACGUUGGCAGGGAUGUGGACGAAUUGGAUAGAGCGGUCAAGUCUGCUCCGGUGAAGAGAUCAACGAGUUUGCAGCAGAAAAGAGGCCAAUUCGGACCUGCAAAGACGAUGCUUUCGAUACCAGGUCAAGCCGGAGCGGUAGACGAGGAAACAUUCCAAACAGCCUUCGAGGACGUUCCACCUGUGAAACUCUUCUCCGCGAAGGACCUCGAGGAGCAAAUGAAAAUAAUUCGGGAUACCAUAGGAGACGACAAGAAAGACUGGAAACAAAGGACGGACAGCAUGAAGAAGCUGCGAAGCAUCAUCAUCGCGGACGGGACCAGUUACGAGAACUUCACCGAGCUGUUGAAGAGCAUACAGAGACCCUUCGAGGUGGCCUGCGCGGACCUGAGGUCGCAGGUCGUUCGCGAGGCCUGCAUCACGUUGGCCUUCCUGAGUCAGCAGCUAAAGCACAAGUUUGCCAGUUUCGGCGAGGCUGUCUUACUCACGUUAAUGAACCUCAUACAGAACAGUGCCAAGGUCGUGGCGACCGCUGGCGCGGUGGCGGUGCACUUCAUCCUCCGGAACACCCACAGCAGUCGCUUCGUGCCCAUCAUCACCUCGACCCUGAACAGCAAGAGCAAAGACAUCAGGCGCGCCGCCUGCGAGUACCUGAAACUCAUCCUGAACUGCUGGCCCACGCAGAUCCUGCAGAAACACGUGGCGAACCUGCAGGAGGCCAUCAAAAAAGGCAUAGCGGAUUCCGACUCCGACGCGAGGGCUCACGCUAGACAAUCGUACUGGGCUUUCAAAGACCACUUCCCGGAACAAGCGGAAAUCCUGCUGAACAGCCUCGACGCGACGUACAAGAGGUCCUUGAUGUCCCUGAGCAACAGCGGCAGCAUCAACAGCUUGAAUGCUACCUCGAAGAACGUCAACAUAAGCCCCAGGACGCCGAGGCCUGCGAUGAGCGCUGCAGGUAGCACGGAAAACUUGCACCACCCUCCGGGCCAGCCUCAAGGUCCUCUCAGACGAACUCCGUCGUUGCCCAGGUCUUAUCGCCAGUCCGGUAUCCCGAUACUACAAAGACCUACCGACAAUCACUGUCGAGUUACUCCGGGUGUGAGGUCCACCAGCGCCAUUGAUCUUCAGGCCGCGCAGAGGGCGACUGCUAGGAUAAUGUACGCGAACAUGAAUCGCAACAAGGCAACCCUACCUCGACCGAAUAAAUCCCCGGAGUCCAGCAUGGUAGCGAGCCCGGAGAGAUCGGCCAGGACCAGGACGAGAGUCGCCGGUGUCUCGCAGUCGCAACCGAGCAGCAGAUCGGGUUCGCCGUCGUCUCGACUAAAUUAUGCCACUUACAAUCGAGAGGGGGACUCCUCCCUCGUCCUCCGACCUAGAAGACUCUCGGGAUCUGGGAUCCGCAGCUCUGGGAACAGCCGGGAACCCAGCCCCCAGCGCUUCGGGGUGGAUCGAAAUUACAGCUCCAAGAUCAGGGGCAGGAACUUGCACAUGUCACCGACCGAUAGACCUCCUUCGAGGCCUGUCAUGGCUCAGAAGAUGCUACAGCAAUCGCGGGAAGCCGAGUCUGCGCUCGCCGAUGCUCUGACCUUCGACAACAUCGACAGCUACACCAGGACGCCUAGAGGCAAGGGUGAUCAUAGCGAUGACAGCGAGACCAGCAGCAUCUGCUCCGAGAGGAGUAUGGACUGUUUCCGACGACCGAGCGACUCAUUUUCUUGGAGCGGCUCGCAACAGAGGCUGUACCGAGACCUGUGGGAUCAGUCCAUCCCGAAGGACAUCAAGGACAUCAUCGAGAACUGCGGCAAGAAGCACUGGUCGGACCGGAAGGAAGGCCUGGUCGGUCUGCAACAUUUCCUGGCGAACGGGAAUACCCUUUCUUCUGCCGAGCUGAGGAAGAUCACCGAAAUCUUUGCCAAGAUGUUCAUGGACUCUCACACGAAGGUCUUCAGUCUUUUCCUGGACACCUUGAACGAGCUCGUGAUGACGCAUAGCGAGGACCUGGGGGAUUGGAUUUAUGUGCUCUGUACAAGGCUCCUCGUCAAGCUGGGCACCGACGUCCUGGGCUCGAUCCAGGCCAAGAUUCACAAGAGCCUUGACGUUGUUCGGGAAUGCUUCCCCGGGGAGAAACUUUUGCCAACGGUCCUGCGGUUUAUCUGCGACACGGCCCAGACGCCGAAUUCGCGAGUCAAGGUGGCCGUGUUGAAUUUUAUCACGCAAAUCGCCGAGACCGCCGAGCCUUCGGCGCUGAGCGGCCAGCCGAUGGUCGCCGUGGCGAAAAUCCUCGACUGGGUGAACGACGUCAAGAGCCAGGAUGUCCGGAGACAUGCCCAGAACGCGAUGAUAGCGCUGUACAAUUUAAACACUCCCCAGAUCACGAUGGCCUUGUCCGACCUGCCCAAGUGUUACCAGGACACGGCGUUGCCUCUGGUGCAGAGUCACCUGAGGAGGUCUUCCGGAACGAGCAAUCCUGCGUCUCCUGGGACACCUCCUCCGAGGGUUCCGCACUCUCCUGCAAGAAUGAGGCUGAAAACCGAACUCGACGUCGUCGACGACCACCUCAAUCCCGAGGAAGUUUACAAAUCCUUGCGUCGUACCACGGCGGAAAUACAGAAUUACGGAUUCGAGAGAUUGGAGAGAGCCACCACCAGCAAGGACAGCGGGAUCAGCAACAUGGCUGAUGUCGAGGAGAAGAUGGAAGGGCUGACUUUAUCGAACUCGGGUCGUUCCUCGUCGGUUUCUUCGCCAACGCAACGGAGAAUCGUUACCAGCACGACAGUGAACGGUUCCGGGGACACCAUCGCAGGAGACCUGAUCUUACCUCAGGAGAACAACGGCUACAAGACACACGGUUCUUCCCCAGAUUCCCUGAGAGGAGCCGACGUCCUGAUCGAAGUGCUGCAGUCGGGGUCGUUGACCAACGCGGAAAGAAUCGCCGCACUCCAGGAGUUUCAAGCAUACAUGCGCGACUGCGAUGCGAUAUACGUUAAGCAGAAUUUCAAGAAAUUGUUGAAGACUCUCUUGGAGAGCUUGAUGAGCGACGACAAGGACAUCCAGAUCGAGGUUCUUCAGGUCCUCAUCGAGAUGCUCAAGUGCCAGGAGCUUGCUUCGUCGUUCUCGAAUUAUGCCGAGCUGAUCGUCCUGAAGGUCCUCAACGCCCACAAGCUGGACGAUCCGAAAUCCUCGAAGCCGGACGUUGGAGGCGGAGGCAACACGAAAUCUAUGGUAAAGAAUUUAGAGGUACUCCGCAUGGCGGAGAAGUGUGCAGCAACGAUCGUCACGGUGUUGCCACCGGAUCAGAUAAUCGACCUGGUGUCAUCCAUCAUCACCACGGAGCCUUUUCCCAAAAAUAUGGGAGCGAUCAAAAUGCUGCACAAGGUCGUGGAGCACUGGGGCCGCGAGGCCAUCGAGCCUCACCUCUCCAAGGUCAUGCCGAAUCUCAUCAAGUCUUACGACGACAAGGAGAGCACGGUGCGCAAGAGCGCGGUCUUCUGCAUGGUGGCUAUCCACGCGGCGGUCGGCGAGGAGGUAUUGAAGCCUCACUUGACCCAGCUCGUGGGCAGCAAGUUGAAGUUGCUCAACAUCUACGUGCAGCGCGCCCAGCAGACAAACAGCGAGCCGGCGAAUCCGCGUGACAACAACAACAAGAAUUAACUAACGACGAGCGGCGCGACCCUCAGAGUCGCCAUCUUGAAGCGGUUCGCCCGGCUCGGGGCAAGGCACGAGAGGAUGCUGCUCAGCUUCCUGAGCAAGUCAGGGCCCUGACGUCGGCUGCAAGAGACCCGAGGUCGAAGAGGCCCCAAGGACGCGGAAUUCAUGCCUGAGGUCCGGCUCGACGUGGUCUCGAGAGUCCUUUCCCGAGGAUACCAUAUCUCGCCCUCCAGCCGCCGUGGUCGCCAUCUUGGCGAUUGACGGCUGACUCCGCAGACAAAGAGGACGGCUACGUUGCACAUCGAAUUGGCCAGGUUACAAAGCUGAGAAUGUGGCGAGCAGAGCCCGUGCUCUGUAUUUUCAUUGCUUGUAAAAUAAGCGAGGGGUUCUGGGUUUCGGUAGGGAACGACUGCGAAAUCGUUCCUCCCCGCGCCGCCAGGCGGCGGUGACUCUGGUUUCCGUACCUCGUGAUAGCUGAUCAUCGAAAUUUUAAGUUAUUGUGAAUCGUGAUCGACGAGUUUCUUAGCUUGCAGGUGGAAGUUGGAGGGUAUUGUGGAGAUCGGGAGAAGUGGCGGUUGGUCGUCUGGAAUUUACGUUUCCGGGAAGGAAGUAACAAAAUGAAGAGGCCAAACCGUGUCAACGUUAACUGUCGCCUUCGAUAUACCUGCGGGGUGAUUAUUCGUGAUUUCCGAACGUUUGCAACCAGAUUUCUUAUAAUUAGAUUCUUUCUACGAGGGGCAAACAGUCGAACUACUCUGAUAUUUAAAUUAUGGACGUUCGACGUGCAGCCGAUUCGUCCUCCCGUCUCUUUUACGAAGUUCAGGCAAUAAUGCGAGGGAGAACCCGCGCUAUGCCUUUCAAAGGAGAGGACAAAAAUAAGGAAGUGGCAUGUAUUCCACCCAACCGCAAUAACAAUGAGAAUCGCAAGUAGAUUAGACUAGCAUCGUGGAAUUUCCUCCGAGGAACAAAAGAGAAGAAAAGAAAAUAUAAACCAAAAAGAGAGGGAGAAACCGGAGGAACCACCGACAGUCGGAACUGUGAUGAACCUCGUGCACGAACAUUCGACGAGGGAGAUACCGAGAGAUCUUGACGAUAAGAGAGACGGACAGAGUUACGCGAAAAGAAUGUACUAAUUUAAUAUACAGCCCUACUUCGCUAUUUCUAGCUUCUAAACCGAGCUAUCCACAGACAGACCCGCGGAGAGUUAGCGUGCCGCAAGCUCGUUAUUGACUUUUUAAGGAUGCCAGGCAAUGUAAUAAUUUAUUGAUACAUAUACCCCGUACGUGCUAGUCAAAAAGUUAUUUCUCCGAAGGACGCACAAUACGCAAGAGACACUAAGAGGAGUCAACGUGGGCUGUUUAGGAACCGCCGCCCAUUUUCCGGGUCGAUGGGACUUUUGCGGCCAGUGAGUGGGACGGAGAGAGAACGAGUGCGAGAUGCGUGCAUGCGAGAGAGACAGCGAGACCGAGAGAUUGAGGGACGCGAGAGGAAGAGAGGAAUCUCGCGAGUGAAUACUGGUUUCUUUUUUUUCUUUUCCCCUCCAUAAUGUUACUAUAAUCUUAGGGAGUUAUUAUUAACGAUGCUAAGGUCGAAUCAGCGCAUGUCCUCCACGCGUUGCCAAUAACGAACUCUAAAUCAAAGCUAAAGUAAUGUGUUAGUAAUUAUGUGCCAUUAACGGACAGGCCUACCACCUGCUUGGAAUAGUUGCGCGCAAGAUUUGCCGUUAAACGAGGUUUGCGUUUUGAUUUCGUUCGGACUAGUGAGCUUGCUUUUGUGGGACAUAACAAUCGCGAGUAUUUGUAAUAUUGAUUCAACGAAGACAAAACGCAAAACUCGGUUCACGCCGGGUUUUGCAUAUGACGCUUUCAAACCAGGCAUCGGGUCUGUUAACGAAUAUAUUCCUUUUGUCUCCGUUUGUCUAUGCCCCGCGAGAACGUGCGAAAGAAUAUAUAUAUAUAUACAUAUACACACAGUGUACCUAUGUGCUUAUAUAUACGUAGCGUAAAAGUCCGUAGACUCCCGUUACUUAACGUUUAAUUCGGGCCGAGGGAAGUGACAUUACGUUAAAGGACAUUCGGGGGAGAUCCCAAAGUGCGUCUGCGAUAGAUUGGACUUGGGAGAAAUCGCGUUAUUACGUUUAACUUGAUUAUUCCCGUAUGAGGGGGGAAGAUAUGAGUUUUAAUUUCUGCGACUUUUCGGGCAUGACUAGGGCGACUCGAUGGUUCGCGGAGGCUCGUUCUGUUAUGUUUUCUUUAUCCCGAUCGCUACUCUCGUAAUUACUUUGUAUUAUUAAUUACUAUUCAUUGAUAUUAUCGGUAUUAGUAGGGUUAGCAUGUUACGCGCGAGCCGCGUCCUCGAGGACGCGUCUCGCUGCGGCCGAAGAAGAUGGCCGCCGCCAUUUUGUAUUGAGUUGCGUUUGAAAAGUAGUCACCGCCGUACAGUAACUAGUGAUUAGCUCGACUAGUGGAGUUUUUCGUUGGGAUUUAUUGUUUAGAACUCGCAGGGACAUCUCGCUUUCCGGCCUACAAGGCUCGAGAAGGUUAUUAUCGGGGGGAGAACGCGCCUUUCUUGGCUGCUAAGCAAAACGAUCUCUGCGACGCGCUCUUGAUUUCCGUCCUUCUUUUUCUACAGAAUCGAAUAUCCGACUCGUCUCUAUGAAUCUCACAAUUCCCGUGACCCGCGCGACGCUCAAAAUGUCCAUUUAUACUGUCCAAUCAGACAUGUAGUGUUAACGUUCCGACAGUAACAGAUAUAUUUAUACCGUCAGUUUAGUUCAGACGCUAAAUCUUAAAUCCGACACUGAUAUCACAAGUCAUAAUGCUUGAAGUUUGACGCGCAAUGCGCCGAAACUAAUCCGAUUCGUUGAAUAUAAAUACUUCUUUUAGAGAUGUAUGUGCGAAUUUUUGUAUUGCCGGAUACGCUACGUUUACGCGUCGGAUCGGAUUGUAAUUGGUGACGUAAACUCGGCCGGGGAGGAACGGCAGUGCCAUUCGAAUUUUCCUUCCCUCUUCUCGACUUUCCCCGGAUUUCUCGAAGAUCGGCGUGAUGUACCCGUCGAUUCUUUGAUUUUUCGCUUUGCCGAGUAUCUAAUGGCGACUCGUUUGACGAGACUGGCGACGCUUAUCAUCGGCCGCCAUUUUGACGGCGAAAUCAGGCCCGGUGGAAAGCGUCGGCAUAUCGAUACAUUGUCGCCUUGAUUGGGUUCUUCUUUAACGACGGGGUUCCGUUAUAAACAUUCGCCAUCUUGUCAACUCGUUCUCGCGCUGUCGUUCUCUCUUUCUCGCCCUCGCUUAUUCUAGACGUAAUCACCUCUCUCCCGUUCUCAUCGUAACGUUCCUUCCUCGCGACGAUUCCCUGUUUCGUGAUACGAGAUCCAGUAACCGAUAAAACAGCGGUGAAAAGUACCAUGCAUAAUACGAUUAUCCAGAGAUUUUUUUUUUUUUUCACGCUAAUAAUUUAAUAUAUCGAUACCGAUUACCGUAAUGAUAAUAUUACCGCAUUGUUAUUGUAAUUGCCAACUUGAAGUAAUAAAUUAAAGUAUUGCAAUA